AGCAAGCGAGCGACGGGAGCGGAGCGCACGGCCCGCGCUCCGCUUUCCCCCGCCGGUUAUUUCUCCCGCGCUUGAACAUCAGCUGAACAGCGCCGGACUCCGCCUCCGCGGGCCCUCGCCCUACGCUGACCGGAGCUAUGCGCGACGCUAUGUUGGACCGCGUCGGGGAGCCGUAGGCUGUCGAUGCAUCCACGUGCUUUAGGUGUUUCGUCGUACUCGUAGCUGGAUGGACGUUCCGCGUUCUCUCGAGGAUGACAUCAUGGGCAGCCGUCGCGAAAACGUGGAUUUUGAUGCAGCUCUUGUUGUUGUGCCGGACAUUGCACGUCGGAGACCGUGCGACGUCCGGAGUCUCCCGGUUCCUGCCGCCAAAGCUGGACAUCGACACUGCCUACAUCGACAUUCCUGCUAACAGCACCCUGCGCAUAACAUGCUACGGAAGGUAUCCGCUGGCCUGGUCCCUGCCACCGCUCGGGGACAACGUGUCUCUCCGCUCAUCCAUCUAUGAUGAAGAGGUGAACGGCAUUCGGCCGUUCAAGAGCGUUUUCGAGCUCAACACCACUGACGUCAUGGACCUGGGUCGAUACAUCUGUUACUACAACGGGACCACAGAUCUCACCAACUCGGGAAAUGCAACGUCAGUAUACGUCUUCGUCAAUGAUGACUACUACCUGUUCCAGCCGGAGAAACAGAUGGACCAGCUGGUGUUUGUGACGGUACGCCACGGCGAGAUGUCGGUGGUGCCAUGCCUGCCCACGCACUCGGGCGCUCGCGUCCAGCUCUGGAAAGAUGAUGGACUGGGCGAGGACGAGAUGGAGGAGGUGAUGCUGGCACCGCACGAUGUCGAGUUCGACCCGAUGCGGGGCUUCGUCAUCUACUACCCGCACAGCUACUACUCCGGUCACUUCAUCUGCAACGGAUCGGUGCCGGGACGCGUCUACAACGACUCGACCAUGGCCGUCGUUUUCGUCUACCUGCCACCGGUGGACAUAGCCCCCAACGUGUUGAUCUCGAAGGAGAACAACUUUCAUCCUGUGCUGAAUGACUCGUUCACCCUCAACUGCACCGUCACCGUCGAAGCAGGCAUCAUGUUCAUCAUGACCUGGGACUACCCCAACAAGAACAGCUCCCGCAUCGAAGUCACCAAGCCCAUUCGGAACGACAAGCCGUUUGGGCAAGAUCACUUCAUGCUGUCCGUGGUGACGUCACAGCUGACCGUUCGUGACGUGCAGAGGAGCGACGAAGGGCUUUACACGUGCUCUUGCAAGGAUCAUGGUGGAAAGACGCACAAUCACUCGGUCUUUGUCUCCGUCUACGAGUCCGAACAGUUGGCGCACGUGAACCUGACCACGGACCUGGACACCUCGGACUCCCUGGUCUUUCCCGAGGGGGGCACCUUCAAGAUGGUGGUAACAGUGGAGGCGCACCCGAGCUUCGCCGAGACGAGUUUCUGGUGGCUCAAGGACGGCGCCACGCUCUACCAUGGCGGGGAGCUGCGGCUCUCGUACCGCGAACCGCGAGCUGUGCUCGAAAAGUCCAACGCCCGCUUCGACGACAGCGGCGAGUACACGUUGUUCGCACGCAUACACAACGUCACCUCCAAGAUCACCUUCAACGUCAGCAUCUCGUCCAAGCCCACGGUGACAGUGGUGAACAACACGGAGCUUUAUGCACACGGUUCCAACUACACGCUGGUCUGCACGGUAAAAGGGAGCCAGCCGUUGCGUGCCUGGUGGGAGUGGCGUGAGUGCGUGGACCCUAGGGCAUGCGACGACCAGGGUCCUGGCCGCGUCUUCAAGCGUUUGGCAGCCGACAGCUCGCACAGGAACGCUGGCGCCCCACCGGGGCAUCUGGUGCGCAGCACUGAGGGACUACGGCACCGCAACCUGACCCUUAUGCUUCGCGCCCAACAGUCUGGCCUGUACCGGUGCGUCGCGGCAAACUCGCUCGGCACCGGACUCAGCGUCGCAAGGUUCUACGUCACUGACGCGAGGAACGGCUUCGAGGUUAUCGCCUCAGACGUCAUACCCGUCGACCAGGAUCGUGUGAUGCUCAGCUGCCUGGCCAGCCAGUUCAAGUACGAGGGCCUCACCUGGAAGUGGAAACCAAGAGGCUCCUCGCAACUCGUCAGCCUCAUCCCCAAUGACAAUCUUGACGUAAAGAUGUCAUCGACGGCGUUCUCCAACAACCUGACCCUUCACUUCAACCAUAUCAGCAAGAACCAGUCAGGAGAGUACCAGUGCUUUGGCUCCAUUCGUGGAGGAGGAGUUCAGAGGCACAUCGGAUUCAUCAAAGUUGACGUGCGAGAUAUGCGUCCACCGGAGUUCAACAAGACCAACCUACGCAACGACGUCUUGAGCGACGUCUCGUACAUCGACCUGCAGUGCACGGCGACCGGGCUUCCCGAACCCAGCAUCUCGUGGCUGAAGGACGGUAAGCCGCUCAACAUGAGCGGCAUCGACCGCCUCGACGAGGGCCGCUGGCUCGUCAAGCGGAAGGUGACGCCCCAGGAUAGCGGCUUCUACCAGUGUCGUGCCGAGAACAGGGCCGGUGCCAUCUAUGCCAACACCACCAUCAACGUCGCCAGUGGAAUACCGGCACCUGCCAUGAAUACCACGCACAUUGUCUUGAUAAGCGUCGUCUUUGUCAUUGCCAUCAUCUGCUUCCUCAUCGUGCUGGUUUACUGCAAAAAAUAUCGCGCUCACAUGAAAGAGGAAAAAGAGAUGGAGCUGUUGAACAAGACGCUUUUCGACAAAGGCCAAGUGGACAUGUUCAACCCUGACCUCCCCCUGUGCGAGCAGGUAGAGCUGUUGCCCUACGACCAGCGUUGGGAGUUUCCAAAGGAUCGACUCAAACUCGGAAGGACCUUGGGACAAGGCGCAUUUGGCCGGGUCGUCAAGGCUGAAGCCAUUGGUCUCGGCGACCAGGGACAGCCGCUCACAGUUGCUGUGAAGAUGCUCAAAGAACGAGCCGAUAUGUCUCAACGCAAGGCAUUGAUGGCCGAGCUGAAGAUACUGAUUCAUCUUGGUCGGCACCUGAAUAUCGUGAAUAUCAUUGGAGCAGUGACGAAAAACGUAGCAAAAGGUGAAUUGAUGGUGAUCGUGGAGUACUGCAAGUUUGGCAACCUGAGGCAUUAUCUUCUUAGACACCGGGCGCGCUUCGUCAACCAGCUGAACCCGUUGACGGGAAAGCUGGAUCCGGACAUGUGCCACAGCCCCACGUCACCAGCCUCGACGUCACCUGGUUUUCGAUUCGCCAUUUCGAACCCCGUUUACUGCCAACAGCGUCUACAGCAGAACACGCCCACGUUGAAGUACGCUGACCUGGCCAUGAGCGCCACGCCGACGAGCAACGGGAACGAGUUCAGCUUCUCGGUGUCGGAUACCACUGACGGCUUUCCGCAGGAGAGCGGCAACAACACGACGCUUAUGAGCGGCUCCUCCCUGCGCGACCAUGGAGACAUGCGCGACGCAGCACUCACCACUCGCGACCUGCUUUGCUUCGCCUUCCAGUGCGCCCGCGGGAUGGAGUACCUCGCCUCGAGAAAGUUGAUUCACAGAGACUUGGCGGCAAGAAAUGUUCUGCUCGGUGAAGGGAAUGUAGUGAAAAUUUGCGAUUUUGGCCUCGCGAAGGACUGUUACAAGUAUUCCAACUACAUCAAGAAAGGAGACGGUCUUCUGCCGGUGAAAUGGACCGCUAUUGAGUCAAUCAUGGACCGAGUGUUCACAACAAAAAGCGAUGUGUGGUCCUACGGGGUGCUACUCUGGGAAAUAUUCUCACUCGGAGGCAACCCCUAUCCUGGAGUUGCCAUCGACGAGUCCUUCUACAAAAGGCUGAAGAACGGCUACCGCAUGGAGAAACCGGACUACGCCCCAGACGACGUAUACGAAAUCAUGCAAAGCUGCUGGCAAGGGGAGCCUAAAGAGCGGCCGGAUUUCUCGACCCUGGUUACCCGCGUUGGAGACCUCCUUGAGGCUGGAGUGAGAAAUUACUACAUGGCCCUGAACGACCCUUACGCCAAUGUGAAUCUGCUGUUGAAGAACAACAACGACUACCUCACUAUGGGCAACAAGCUAGAUCCUGACUACCUGGACAUGAAGUCCGACGAUGAAAACUACAUCAACACGAGCCGAACCGCCGCGCAGCCGAAUUCGGAGCCGCACUACGCCAAGAUGGCUGCCACCGCCAACGUCGACAACGGUAGCGCCACCUUGGGAGACAGCAUGGAGAUGACACCCAUGAUCGGCAGCGCCGAGGACGUUGACGCUUCCGCUCGAGGUGUUGCCCAGGGAUACAUGAACGUCGGCAAGGGACCGACGCUACAACUUCGACUUCCGCAGGGGAAGCGCCGAGACGCGCCUCCUCCGUUGUUGCCGCCUUCGGGUGGAUCAUUGGGUGACGCAAGGGCAUCGGACGACGUAAGCGAAAUCUGCGCCACGCCACCGCCGGCGUACAACCUGGUCGUUAGCGUCGACGGUAGCGGGGGCAUCGAGGUGUGAGCGACCACGAAAUUGCGUAAGCCUAUGAACUCGGUGCGAUAGUGGGCUCGGCACCGUCCAAGCUGGGACCCUACACGACAGGCUUCGAGUAAUCACGAGCUUGACCGACAGUCUCACUGUAAUGGUGGAGCCGCGCUACACUCCCUGCCUAUGGUUAAGGGAAAGUUGCGCUAAAGUACGAUACCACGAAUUAUCGACUCGUGUUUGGAAGUGUACAUAGAGAUGUUGUGGAAUUGUAUUCUCGUCUUCUUUAUCCCUGCCGCCAGGGCAUGCUUGUGUGCUACAAUAUCUUACACCCCUAGGCCCUUGAGGAAUGUGAUCGAUGAGUGCAUCGCAUGACCGUGGGAAAGAAACCAGCGGGGAAACGAUUUGGUCCGUCACUCCAGUCCUCGUCAGUCAGAGUCUGGUUUGUUGCGCAAGCAGUGAUUGUUAUGCAGGUGUUCUGACUAGCGGCUCAGUUGGGACCCUUGGUGUACACUACUCAGUGACUCGUACUCUUCUGACAAAGGAUCUACGUACGCAUGUCUCAGCACAUGUUACGCGUAACUGUGCCAUUUACCUCGUUUGUUCCUCGUGUUUGUUAAUGAAUCUCCUCGCCGAGUGUAACUAUAGUCUGUGCAUUCAUUAUAUGUUGUAUGUUGAAUCCUUGUAUGUUGAGGGGAGUAACAGUCAAGCCAGCAGCAUACGUGGGCAUUAUUAUGCACUGUUCCUCAAUACGGCACCUCUAAUUAUAUUGCAGUGGCGCCGACAGGUGUGACCUGAUUGCGUGGCAUUGGCUACGCUUUUGAUGUGCGUGCUACUCGUAGGCUUAAUGGCACCUAAAAACUAAUCACGCAAAAUUACGCAUUUGUGCAGUAAAAAGUUCAUUGCGCGUGGAUGUCUCGUGUUUUUUUUUUCUUCACGUGAAACUGUCGCCCGAGUUGUAUAUCCAUGCAUCUGCAACCUAAUAUAUGUCAUUUUUAUAUAAAAAAGUGACAGCGUUUGGGCACUUAUGUUUCUGUUGUAUGAAUUGUUCUCAAGUUAUCUUGUAAUAGAUCAGGUAACAACGAGUGUGUGAAAAAAAAUCUUGCUCUUUUUUUAUAAAGGAGUAAGUAAGCUGUUGAGCUUCAGAGACAAACAUUUGGCUGUGCAACCUAAGUCUAUUAAGCCAUACUCAAUCGACCAAGUCAUCUCAGGAGCUCUGUGAAACAGAAAACAAAAGAACGAUCUGCAUUCCAAUCCAGUUAAUGUGCUUUUGUUGUUAUUUCUUGCUUUUUGUUUUGUAUCUGCAUUUUGAGCUGUCUCUUAUUCACGUUGAGUCCCAGAUAACGCAGUUCGUCAAGUGUUUUUAAAGUGUUUCCUUCAUUUUUGGUGAAGUGAUCGUUACCAGUAUCGUGCGCAGGCGCAUCGCCGUCUUGUAAAGAGCACGACGGGAGCAGUAUUCAUGGCGAACUUUAUUGUUGUAUAUGUAUUGAGACCUUCAUGCGCUGUUUUUUUUUCUUGCUCUCAAAGUUGUGUGAAUGGAGAAGCAUGAUGACAUAUAUAGAAUGUGCCGUCUGCUCAAUCGCAUCUUCUCCUUUUCGUUGUGAACUAGUCAUUAAGUACUGCAGCGGACUUGAGAAAGCGCUUUUUUAUGCUGACAGCACCGACUUACUGAAUGUAGAAGGCGGAUGCACUAUCCGUUAAGAGAUUCCCUAUGAACAAAGUGUAACUUAAUAUUAAAAUCACAUCAAUCAGAA